AUGUACAGACGUCUUCAAAAGCGUCUAGAGACCGCCGGUUUGUGCGAAAGAAUCAAAGAGACAUGCAAGGGUUACCUUGAGUGGGUCUUCAAUCUGAAGCCUGAAGCAGCCUCUUCUGCUAAUGUUAGGAUCGAUGGCGAAAUUAUCAAGGUGGGUUAUAGCAGCACCAGGGUCCCGAAUAACAAUCCUACCCUCAUGCCGUACCACAUCAUCAAAGCAACUGAGUAUUUGAGGGUGUUUCAUGACUUAGAAGACCUUGAAUUUGUUUGCAAAGGAUUGGGAAACUUGUGCCAGGAGUGGUUCCUACAGUUGAAUCAGACAAAGAACAGACGGACGCCCACCUGGCAGCACUUCCAGGGCUCUGAUGUUCCAUACUAUCGGCUAGGGGAUCAUGUGUGGGUAUGGAAGGCUCUCAAAGGCAUCGAGGAAGUAUUGAAUAGGCUAGAAUCUCACCGUCAGCCAUGUAUAGAGAGAAACAUCAAGCGGUUCACCGUCCGAAACGAGGUCUUCAACAAACGCAUGCUGAGUGUUACGCGCAGUGCCAACGAAACGCGGUUUCUGCUCCAUUCGCGGGAUACCGUACUGUACUACGGAGCCUUGUGGGAUUCCUUCGAGGACCAAGAAGACCUGCUUCAUGAGAUGCUGGAAAUUCAGACGAGACACGACGAUAGCCUAUGUGACGAGGUGGAGUGGACCAAUCCCCUUCGGUAUGGACUGGCUCUACUGUGGUCUCUUCAGGGGUAUCGGCUGGCAUGGGGAAAAUCAUCUGGCCAAAUGGUGAAUCGAGCGAAAAAAUUUCUGCUGGCUUCGUCCUACCCAACUGGGCUAUUUCCUGGUUAUCUCGACGCCUUUAAAAAAGCAUAUAUCUUCGAAACCGAGAAUGAUUAUGACAUUUACUUCCAUACCGGAUUCGAGAUCGCAUACAUCCUCUUGAAAUCUUUAGAUCUCAAU